UCUAGACUACGGACUUUAAAUUUAACGCAGCCGCGUUUGCGAUACUUCUGUGGGAAAUUUGCAUUUAUAAGAUUCUAACCUCAUUUAGGAAAUUUUACUCUGAAAAUAUAUAAAUUUACUUUUACUAAAAAAUAUGAGUUUUUGAAUUAAACUCUAAUUUUUUUAUUAAUUAAUUUAUCGAAAUUCGAAGUCGAGGCUGUGAAUUGACAGAAAAAAAACAGAAGUGUCUCAGAAAAUUUUGAAAAAUGAUAAAUACACGUACAUUGGCAAUUGUGGGAGCUGUUGGCACGAUAAUAAUAGGAGUGACGAUACAUUAUUUGAUUCGUAAGAAAAAAAAGGCGGGAAUUUUGCUGGAGGAUCCGUUGACCAAAUACAAGCUGCCGUUGAUUGAAAAGGAAGUAAUAAGUCACGACACCAGGAGGUUCAGAUUCGCGCUACCGACUAGUCAGCACGUCCUUGGACUUCCUAUUGGCCAGCAUGUCCAUUUAUCUGCUGAAAUAAACGGGGAAAUUGUCAUACGAGCCUACACUCCAGUUUCUAGUGACGACGACCGCGGGUUCGUCGAUUUGGUUGUCAAGGUCUACUUUAAAAAUGUCCACCCGAAGUUCCCAGAGGGGGGUAAGAUGAGCCAGUAUUUGGAGAGCAUGAAAAUUGGAGAUGAAAUUGCAUUUAAAGGACCCUCUGGUAGAUUAGUUUAUCAAGGCAAAGGUACUUUUGCUAUCAGAUUGUUGAGGAAGGAACCACCCACUCAGUAUCAUGUCAAGAAGGUUGUAAUGAUUGCUGGAGGUACUGGAAUAACUCCAAUGCUCCAGUUGAUACGCGCCAUCACGAAGGAUCCUUCGGACUCGACCCAAGUCUCACUCUUGUUCGCAAAUCAAACGGAAAAAGACAUUUUGCUGCGCGAGGAAUUGGAGGAAGUGCUUAAAAAUCAUCCAAAUCAAUUCAAACUCUGGUACACCGUCGACUCCGGCAGCGACAACUGGAAGUACUCGACUGGUCACAUCAACGCCGAGAUGAUAAAAGCUCAUAUGUAUCCCCCCGCAGACGACACAAUCGUUCUAAUGUGCGGCCCUCCGCCCAUGAUAAAUUUCGCCUGCACUCCGAAUCUCGACAAAUUGGGCUACGACUCAAAGUUACGCUUCGCUUAUUAAUUUUUACCACUUUCUUAUUUUUAAUUUUAAUAUCCGUCUUAUCAUCGUUGUUAAUUAGUAUUAAUAGUUAACGAAAGUAAUUUAUCAAACACUUUUUUUGUAAAUUUACUGUACAAUAAAAACCUUUUAAUUUUAAAAAA